GGUGCUGCAGCCUAAGACACCAUACACGUGUUCUCAAGGCUCAACAGGUCAGCGACCCAGAUCUGCAAACACCCGAAGACAACUCUAUAACCCAUCGCUUUGAACAAACAUCUAGCUGUUCUUAGGAGGGGUUUAUUGUAGACUAUAGACUCGGUGCCUAGAUUUCCUGUCGUUUAAGGAAAUAACUAGACUUGCUACACAGCAAGCGUUGCUAAUUUGCUAGCACCAGCGGCUGCCUACCUAAUUUUCACACCGCCUUAGUCUCAUAUUCCAUAUCGCUACAACACCGUUUUUAAAGUCACGCCCAGAACCGUCAGACACAUGAGCUCCCCAGUUCCACUGGUUCAUAUUGUCCGUCACGGACAAGCUGUUCACAAUGUCGAUCGUGAGUAUCCGUACCGCGAUCCGCCAUUGACGGAACUAGGUCACAGCACUACUAAAGAGAUCAAAAUACGCGUGGUCCCAAAUCUAAUCAUCAUCUCACCAAUGACUCGAACUAUUCAGACUGCAAUAAAUGCCUUUCCAACUCUUCUCAGCCAAGCUCCUUUCUCGGUAGACGUUCAGAUUUGGCCCGAGCUUCGUGAAACGCAUGAUGCUCCUUGCAACAAAGGGCUCAGUCGUGGGGAGAUCAUGCGGAAGUUUCCUGACUUCAAUUUCGCCGGAUGUCCUGAAGAAUGGGACCAUCCACCUCAUACCCUCGAAAGCGCUCUUGAAAGAGCUGAAAUAGUGCGGAAGCGACUGAAAGAAUUUUCCACUAAGCACUCGAGCAUUGCUGUGGUCACCCAUAGAUGCUUUAUUUCAUAUCUGGUCAAAGGAGCGAGGUUUCCAAACUGCGAGACUCGCACCUACAGGUUCGCUCAGGACGAUGAACUUGAGAAGGACAGGCUUGGAAUAAACUGCGAUAGCGAUGAGCCUCAGGACUUUGGCCCGACUUUGUUGGUGCCCUUCCUUGAUAGCAACGGUUCGGGCAUCCAUGUGAAUGGUACUGCAAUUUUCUGAGAGGUUUGAUAGAAGCAACUUCGCUCCUACCAAAACCGACUCUCACCAGGGAAGGUGCAUAUAUAUUCAACCUAGCUAGCGUAGAGGUAGGUAGGGUUCGGAGUUGUUCGCCUAUCGCCUUAUCAGUGCGUACGGGAAUAUCGGCACAUGCGACGCGACAUGAUGCGCGACUAGGAUCCUCACGUUUAGGAGUGGGGAAGGUCAACAUAUCGGCAGCUCGAUAUAUAUGCCGCCUACGCAUGGUGACUUGUUCUGUUCAGCCUUCACUAGCAGUACAUUGUGCAAGCUCUUACUUCACCUCUUCAAAUACG